UGCUCUGAAAUUCUUCUUGGGAAUCUCUUUGGUACAGUACACAACUCAGUAGUCACCAGAUAUUCCUUGCUUUUCUUCAAAUUCCAGCAGCAAAUCUGUGCUCUUUUCGCCGGUUUCUCACUGAAACUCAUUUCAAUUUUCGCAGAGGAAGCACUUUUUUCCAAUUCCUGUAAUGUUAGAGAAACCCUAAAUUGGAGUUUCGAUUAGUAGUUAAUCAGGAAGUCUUGUAUUCCUCUUUUGAAUUCCGAGCAUCUUUACUAAGUUUCUGCUGGAAUUGUGGCUUUCUACCUUGUAAUCAACUGAUUUCCUUUCGGUUUGGGUUUGGGUUUAGGAAAUUGAAGCUUAAAUCAGUGAAAUAGAGCCCAAUUUUGCAUAAGUUUGGUGGGUUUUUGCUUUGAUUUUCAGCAGAUUAGUGUAGCAGAUAGUGGGAAGAAAAGGCAAAAAUGGAUAAAUACGAACUUGUCAAGGAUAUAGGCUCUGGAAAUUUUGGUGUGGCAAGGCUCAUGAGAAACAAGGAGACUAAAGAGCUUGUGGCGAUGAAAUACAUUGAAAGAGGACAUAAGAUUGAUGAGAAUGUGGCGCGAGAGAUCAUAAAUCAUAGAUCACUUCGGCAUCCUAACAUAAUUAGAUUCAAAGAGGUGGUUUUGACGCCCACUCAUCUGGCCAUCGUUAUGGAAUAUGCUGCAGGUGGAGAACUGUUUGAGAGGAUCUGCAAUGCUGGAAGAUUUAGUGAAGAUGAGGCCAGGUACUUUUUCCAGCAGCUUAUUUCUGGAGUCAAUUACUGCCACUCCAUGCAAAUAUGCCAUCGUGAUUUGAAGCUGGAGAACACCCUUCUGGAUGGAAGCCCUGCUCCACGCCUGAAAAUAUGUGAUUUUGGUUACUCAAAGUCAUCUCUGCUUCAUUCAAGGCCCAAAUCAACUGUUGGCACACCUGCUUAUAUAGCUCCAGAGGUUCUAUCUAGAAGAGAAUAUGACGGGAAGUUGGCUGAUGUAUGGUCGUGUGGCGUGACACUUUAUGUUAUGCUGGUUGGAGCAUAUCCCUUUGAAGAUCAAGAAGAUCCAAGGAACUUCAGGAGAACCAUCCAAAGGAUAAUGGCUGUCCAGUACAAGAUCCCUGACUAUGUCCACAUAUCUCAAGAUUGUAGGCACCUCCUUUCUCGCAUUUUUGUCGCCAAUCCAGCUAGGAGAAUUACUAUCAAAGAUAUCAAGACACACCCAUGGUUUCUGAAGAAUUUACCAAGGGAAUUAACAGAUGCAGCUCAGGCUACAUACUACCGUAGAGAAAAUCCCACCUAUUCCCUUCAAACUGUCGAGGAGAUCAUGAAAAUUGUGGAGGAGGCCAAAACACCUGCUCCUGUGUCCCGCUCAGUUGGUGGUUUUGGGUGGGGAGGCGAAGAGGAGGAGGAUAAAGAGGAAGAUGUAGAAGAAGAGGAGGUGGAGGAAGAAGAUGAAGACGAGUACGAGAAGCAAGUGAAGGCCGCUCAUGCAAGUGGGGAGGUACGUCUCACUUGAGGCCUCUCUUAAUGAUGUACAAGACGUGAUUUUAGUUUGGCAAACCUCAUCAUACUUUUGUGGUUGUAAAGAGUUCGAGUUUACUCGGAAUGUGGGCUUCAAUAAGUCUGUACAUGUUUAGCGUCGUUGUUGUUGUUGCUCAGGAGGCUUGUGCAGUUUACUUUGCUGAGGGAACUUGCAAAACUGCGUUGUUGUGAAUAACCAAAAGAAAAAGGGGAACAUUGUGAAGAAAUUUUUAGGGUUUGUUUGCGUGGAACAUAUGUGGUGUUUGCAGUUUAGACAUAGUUGUUAUUUGGGUCUUACCAAAGAAUACUGUAUUGUAUUUAUGUGAAUUUAUAUUUAAUUGUGAUCUUGUGUUUGCU